UCGCCAUUCUCUCUCUUUUUUAUCUCCCCAAUUUUUGUUUUUAUUCAAAAAUUUCCCAUUUCUCUGUUUUCCAUUCGUCCGCCGUGGUCGGAGGUAUUCAUAGCCUCCCCUCCGAGAGAAAAGGCUCCAGUGUUUUCUCACUGUUUGUUUCAGUCCACGCGCCACCUCGAAAAGAACGGAAACAAAAAAUAGAAGACAGAGGAUAGAAUCAAGUUAGACUGUGGAAGGACUUUCCUUGACUAGCGAGAUUUUGGUGAUUUUUGUGAAAAAUUGAAUUUUGGCGGAGUUAUUCAGAUCUGUGAAGUUAAGGGGUUUGUUUUUUUAGGUUUCUGAGUUUAGUUUUUUGGAGGUGAUUUUGGGGGGUUUGGAUGAGGUGUUGAUGGUAGUGUACGGAGGGGAGAGUGAAAACGACGUCGUCGCGGUGGUGGGAGUUGAUGAUGAGCAGAGGAGUUACUGGGGGGUGGUGGUGCGGUGUUGUGGGAGCUGGUGCUGGCGGCGGUGAUCCUCUCACAUGGAAUGGCAGAUCUUGUUAGCUACGGGAAUGCAGACCGUGAUAUUGAGCAGGCAUUGAUUGCUCUGAAGAAGGGUGCUCAACUACUUAAAUAUGGUCGUAAAGGGAAGCCUAAGUUUUGUCCGUUUAGACUUUCUGCUGAUGAAUCUUCUUUAAUCUGGAUUUCUAGCCACGGCGAAAGAAUUUUAAAGUUAGCUUCAGUUUCACGAAUUAUUCCUGGACAAAGAACUGCUGUUUUCCAGCGUUAUCUUCGUCCUGAAAAGGAUUACUUGUCCUUUUCUCUUAUAUAUAACAACGGGAAAAGAUCCCUUGACCUGAUUUGCAAAGACAAAGUUGAGGCUGAGGUGUGGAUUGGUGGCCUAAGAGCACUGAUAUCUAGCGGGCAAGGUGGUCGGUCAAAAAUUGAUGGAUGGAGUGACGGAAGCUUCUAUUUUGAUGAGAACAGAGACCUGAUAUCAAAUAGCCCAAGUGACAGUUCUGCUAGUGCUACGCAAGAAAUUAGCUCUUCAGAUUUUUCUGUCAGUUCUCACACAGUUCCUUCUCCAAAAAGAUAUCAGCCUGAUAGUUCAGUGCAUUUUGAGCAAGCACAUGUAGCUUUGGAUCAAAUGAAUAUGCAAGUUAAAGGAUCUGGUUCAGAUGCUUUUCGGGUUAGUGUUUCUAGUGCCCCUAGCACCUCAAGUCAUGGUUCUGCACCAGAUGAUUGUGAUGCAGUGGGGGAUGUAUAUAUUUGGGGUGAGGUAAUAUGUGAUAAUGUUGUCAAGAUUGGGCCUGAAAAAAAUGCUAGUUCUGUGACGACUAGAGCUGAUGUGCUUCUUCCUCGGCCAUUGGAGUCAAAUGUAGUUUUAGAUGUGCAUCAUAUUGCCUGUGGGGUCAGACAUGCUGCUUUAGUCACCAGGCAGGGAGAAGUUUUUACAUGGGGUGAAGAAUCCGGUGGACGCCUUGGCCACGGAGUUGGAAAAGAUGUUAUCCAACCUCAGUUAGUUGAAUCUUUGUCUUUUUGCAGUGUUGAUUUUGUUUCUUGUGGUGAGUUUCACUCAUGUGCUGUGACAUUGGCUGGAGAGGUUUACACAUGGGGAGAUGGCACGCAUAAUGCUGGGCUUCUUGGUCAUGGAUCUGAUGUCAGUCACUGGAUACCUAAGAGAAUUUCUGGUCCUCUGGAGGGACUUCAGGUUGCAAUGGUAACUUGUGGUCCAUGGCAUACUGCCCUGAUUACAUCGACCGGACAGCUCUUUACUUUUGGUGAUGGAACUUUUGGGGUUUUAGGCCAUGGGGAUAGGGAAAAUGUUACAUUUCCUAGAGAAGUUGAGUCUCUGUCAGGAUUGAGGACUAUUGCUGUUGCAUGUGGAGUGUGGCAUACUGCGGCUGUGGUAGAGGUCAUUGCAACACAAUCCAGUGCUAGUGUCUCAUCUGGAAAAUUGUUUACUUGGGGUGAUGGAGAUAAAAAUCGCCUCGGACAUGGUGAUAAAGAACCUCGACUAAAGCCAACUUGCGUGCCUGCACUUAUAGACUUUAAUUUUCACAAAAUUGCUUGUGGGCAUAGUUUAACUGUUGGCUUGACUACAUCAGGACAUGUUUUCACCAUGGGAAGUACUGUGUAUGGUCAGCUUGGGAAUCCUCAGUCUGAUGGGAAGCUACCCUGCUCAGUAGAAGAUAAGCUUGGGGAAGCUGUUGAAGAAAUUGCUUGUGGUGCCUAUCAUGUAGCAGCACUUACAUCAAAAAAUGAGGUUUAUACCUGGGGUAAAGGAGCUAAUGGGAGGUUAGGCCAUGGGGAUGUAGAAGACCGGAAAACACCAACCCUUGUUGAAGCUUUAAAGGAUAGAAACGUUAGGUAUAUUGCCUGUGGUUCAAACUACACGGCUGCUAUAUGUAUUCACAGGUUGGUGUCUGGUGCUGAACAGUCCCAGUGUGCAGCUUGUAGGCAGGCUUUUGGUUUUACAAGGAAAAGACAUAACUGCUAUAAUUGUGGGCUUGUGCAUUGCCAUGCUUGUAGUUCUCGAAAAUCGCUGAGGGCUGCUUUGGCCUCAAAUCCGAGUAAACCAUAUCGUGUCUGUGAUUCCUGCUUUGCCAAGUUGAGUAAGGUGGUGGAGACUAGUGGUAACAACCGGAGGAAUGCUGUUCCCCGACUUUCUGGUGAAAACAAGGACAAAUUGGAUAAGUCUGAAUUGCGCUUGGCAAAGUCAGCACUCCCAUCAAAUAUUGACUUAAUUAAGCAAUUGGAUAGCAAAGCAGCAAAACAAGGAAAGAAAGCAGAUACUUUUCUUGUGGGCCGGUCAUCUCAAGCACCUUCUUUGCUACAGUUAAAAGAUGUUGUUUUGGCUACAGCUGUUGACCUGCGCCGAACUGUUCCAAAGCCGGUGCUUGCACCAUCUAGUGUCAGUUCUAGAUCUGUGUCCCCUUUCUCUAGAAAACCUAGUCCGCCGCGAUCUGCAACACCAGUUCCAACAACAUCAGGGCUUUCUUUCUCCAAGAGCAUUGCUGAUAGUUUGAAGAAAACUAAUGAACUUCUUAAUCAAGAAGUACAUCAGUUGCAUGCACAGGUUGAGAGUCUAAGACAUCAAUGUGAAGUUAAAGAAGUGGAGCUCCAGAAAUCAACAAAAAAAGUUCAGGAAACCAUGGCACUGGCUGCAGAAGAAGCUGCUAAAUGUAGAGCUGCGAAGGAAGUGAUCAAGUCACUAACAGCACAGCUCAAGGAUAUGGCUGAAAGAUUGCCACCAGGUGUUUAUGAUACUGAAAACAUCAGGCUACCUUACCUACCUAAUGGUUUGGAGCCAAAUGGCAUACAAUAUCCAAAUUCAAAUGGAGAACAUCAUUCCAGAUCCGAUUCUAACAGCUCUUAUCUGGCCUCUCAAAUCAGUGGUGACUCCACAAUUAAUGGCGUGCAAGGUAUUAGUGAAUUGCCCAGGGAUUCAUGUGGAAGCAACGAAACCAAUCAAAGCAAUCAAGCUCAGGGACUUUUAACCCCAUAUGGGAGGGAUCGUCUCGCGGAUCUUAGAGUUCCUAACGGGAAUCAAGAUUGUCAGGCACGCAACAGUGGUGCUUCUGAAGCUGGAAAUAAAGGUGGGCCUUUCCAAGAUGGAGAAAAUGGCUCAAAGUCUAGAAUUACUGUAGUUCCUGGUAAUGUCAAUCAAGUUGAGGCUGAGUGGAUUGAGCAAUAUGAGCCUGGUGUGUAUAUAACACUGGUAGCCCUUCGAGAUGGUACCAGAGACCUGAAACGAGUGCGCUUCAGUCGAAGGAGAUUCGGAGAACAUCAAGCAGAGACUUGGUGGUCAGAGAACCGUGAAAAAGUUUAUGAGAGGUAUAACGUGCGCGGAUCCGACAAGGCAUCAGUUUCUGGGCAGACUGCCCGCAGGUCAGAAGGAAAUGUCUCACCAUCUUCACAAAUUUAGCAGGCAAUGCAAAUUCUCCAUCUCUACUUUUUUGUUAGCUGUCAUGCUGGUGGUUCCAAGGCUCAGCCACACCGGUGGGAGGAAGCCAAACCUCCUCUUCUCUAACCCUCCUCCAAUCUAUUUUUCUUCUUUUAUUAUUUAUUUCUUGUUUCAUUUUUUCUUGGGACUCAACCCUCAUACACUUACUGUUGUAUUUUGUAGUGUAUAUAAGAGUCCUCCAAUUUUUGUAGUUGUGCAGAGAAUUUCUGUGCCUGCUCUUCCUUUCAAUCUUCUUUAGCUUUAGUUGAUAUGUAGCCAAUAGCCUGCCAUUCUGGCAGAAUCAAUCUCUCUUGUACCUCAAGUUUGGGGGCUGCACCAAAAUGGCCUCAGAAGUCCAAAGUUUCAACUGAAAAACAAAUGUUGCCCUCA